AUGAAAAAUAAUGGCAACGAAAAAAUAGAGAUCAGUAAUGUGGGAUCUUUCAUGGCAGGUGGUUUAGCAGCAUGUAUAGCUGUUACAUUGACAAAUCCUAUUGAAGUGGUGAAGACAAAGAUGCAACUUGCUUCUAAACAUACACAUUCAGGAGCUAAAGUUUUACAAAGUGCUGUCAAUAAUAGUGUUCAAGUCAUUUCUCGAAAUCCUAUUAAAGUAAUGAGCGACACUUGGAAAGCAGGUGGUAUGAGAGCUGUUCAAAGGGGUUUGAUUGCCGCAUAUUUAUACCAAUUAAGUAUGAAUGGUAUAAGGUUAGGGCUAUAUGGGCCUGUUGCACAGGAAGUACCAGCUAUGGUAGCAGGUGCUAUUGUAGGCUCUGCAGGUGCAUUUUUUGGAGCUCCUUUACAACUUGCCAAGACUAGAUUACAAGCGCAAGCAUUACAUUCAGGAACAAAAUCUACACAUAAAGGUGGAGCAUGGGUUGUACUUAAAAAUGUAUAUGCAGCAAGAGGUAUUACUGGGUUAUGGAGAGGUGUUAAUGUAGGUAUGGUUAGAUGUACUGCUGGUUCAUGUGUUCAACAACCUGCAUAUUUUGCUGUUAAAGGAUGGUUUAGUAAUAAAUAUGGUUGGAAAGAUAGUAUACCUUUACAUUUUCUUUCUAGUGCCAUUGCUGGUUUGGCAGUUGGGUUUGCCAUUAACCCUUGGGAUGUUGUAUUAACUCAUAUGGUAGCUCAUCCUGGUAGUAGUAAAGGUGGGAUGAUCGCAUGUAUGGCAAAUAUUAUUACACAUGAGGGACCUAUGGCAUUAUUUAAAGGUAUUGAAGCUCAAUUAUUAAGGAUUGCACCUCAUACAGUUCUAUGUUUGGUAUUUUUGGAACAAACAAAACGUUAUAUUGGAACUUUUGAAAAUAAAAUUCAUAAAUCUUCUAAAUUUGAAGCUGCAGAACCUUUAGCAAUUAUUACACCAUCAAAUAUCAAAGUCAACUCAACUGACAUUGCAUAA